AUGGAACUAUUACCAGACCAAGCCGAGAAACUCAGGCAGUUUCAAGAAGUAACUAAUGUGGUAGAGCGAGACCUAGCGGCGGCCAGACUGGAAUCAGUAGGUUGGAAUUUGGAACAAGCAAUUGAGUCUUAUUUAUGUGGUGAUGGAAUUGUGUCGGACGAUGUUGAAGUGCUACCUCCGCCCGCAAAAAAUCAUCGUCGUGAGCUACCUGAGGUUGAAGAAGCUAGUCCUGAUGCAGAUGAUUUGGAGCUAAUAGGAUUUUCGAACAGUCGUAAGUCUCGUCAACACGGUCGCCUAACUCCACACGAACUUGACGCUGAUGAUCCUUCCGUUGUUGACAUGGAUUUAUCUCGACCAUCUUCUUCGGUCGUUGUGCCAUUGCAACGUACACGUAACGGUCACCCACCACAGGAAGAUUUUGGCAUGUCUGACGAUGAUGAACCGUAUCCAAUACAUGAUCAGGACGAUAUCGAAUGCACCGAUAGGAACUUGAUUACUCGUAAUAAUCUCCCGCUGAUUCCAACGGAGUGUGGUAGUGUUACAGAGGCUCUGCAUAAUUUUGUUGUCGUUUUUGAGUCCAGAUUUUCCGGCAUUGGAUGUCAUAUACCGUCUUUCUUCACUGGUUCGCUCCCUGAAGCUAUUAAGGAGGCUUUUGAAGCACCUGGGGGUAUAUCUGAACGUCGUCCGCUCGCUUUGUAUAUUCAUCAUGACGGCAGCAUUGCGGCCAAUAUUUUCCCAUCAAAGGUUCUGUGCAGUGAUGCUGUCUGUAACUUGUUAAGAUGUCAGUAUAUUCUUUGGCCAUGGGAUGUUACUCAUAAGGAAAACGAAGUAAAACUCCGAGAGUGGUUAGAAAUGGUUGGCAUGGCAGAUACUCGCCGGUCACUUGAAUCUAUGGUGUAUGAUAAGGAAAAAUUCCCACUUCUUGUCAUAAUAGCUAAGGAUCGCGGUUCCUACAACGUUGUCGACAUCUGUGCUGGUAUGGAUAGUGCGGAUAUUGUGAUGGAGAAACUAAUGGCUGGCAUAGACGCUUACUCCACGAUACGGAAUACGGAAAAAGCUGAGGAAGCAGCUCGCUUGGAGAGAGAACGAAUUCGGCAAGAACAAGCUCACGAGUAUGAAAUGUCACUAGCGGCAGAUAAGGCUCGAAUGCAAGCCAAGGAGCGCGAGUUGCGAGAACAGCGAGAGGAGGAAGAAAGAAGAUUACGAGAGGCCGAAGAGUCAGAGAUGAAGCGACAGUUAUUGGCCAGUCAGUUGCCGGACGAACCACCGGAGAGUGAGCGAGGAGCGAUCAUGGUGAAAUUCCGCUUACCUGGUAGCGAGCAGGUUAUGCGUCGCUUUCGGUCAUCGGAACGGUUAGCUGUUUUGAUCAAGUUUCUUGGUGCAAAGGGCUAUUCAGCAAACGAUUACCGAUUCUUCAACUCCGACUUCCCGAAAAAAGACGUUACAACACUGGACGAAUCGAAGACAUUUUCCGAGUUGAAUUGGCCUGUAAGAGAACAGAUAUUCGUUGAAGAACGCUGA